AUGGCAAGGCAUAAGGUCUUUCUCACUACUCCAAAUUUCGACCUGAAGAAAUUUUGGGAAUUAGAAGAGGGUCCUCAGGUACGAUACCUGUCUGCCGAAGAACAAGAGUGCGAAGAGCAUUUUCGGAAUCGCACCAAGCGAGAUAAAUCAGGUCGAUAUAUUGUAGCAUUACCCUUCAACGAGAAAUAUACGCAAUUGGGCGAGUCUUGGUUGCGCGCCCUGAACCGUUUUCUAUCGUUAGAAAGGAAAUUCAAUCGUGAACCGGAAUUAAAAUGCGAAUACGCCAAUGUAAUACAAGAAUACCAAGAUCUUGGUUACAUGAGCGAAGUUCAACCGAAUGAACGAGACGGUUUCUACCUGCCUCACCACGCGGUCAUAAAACCUUCAAGCGCAACUACAAAGGUCCGUGUCGUUUUCGAUGGGUCGGCCAAAACGAGUAGCGGCCUAUCACUCAAUGACACCUUGAUAGUUGGACCUACUAUUCAGGAUGACAUUGUUCUAUUAUUAAUUCGUUUUCGGAUGCACGCUUAUGUCUUGACUGGCGACAUAGAAAAAAUGUACCGGCAGUUUCUUGUACGACCCGAAGAUCGUCGGUAUCAACGGAUUCUAUGGCGCAACGAUGACGGCAAGGUCAGGACAUAUAAUUUGAACACGGUCACUUUCGGUUUGACAUCUGCACCGUACCUCGCGAUUCAAUGUCUUCACCAACUCGCGGACGAUGAAGGGAACAGGAAUCCAGCGGCAGCACGGGUUAUAAAACAGGACCUUUACGUUGAUGAUCUGCUCACGGGCGCAGACACCUGCGAAGAGGCUAUGAAUUUGCGAGAUGGAAUCAUCGAUAUCCUCAAACGGGGAGGAUUAAAUAUUCGCCAAUGGGCUUCGAACGAGCCACAGCUUCUCUCCGGACUCGACGAAGCACAGAUUAGUAAGAAAUUCUUAGGAGAUUCCACUCUCAAGACCCUUGGUGUAAUAUGGGAUGCGCAAAACGAUGAAAUCCUAUAUACAAUCGAUCCGAUAGUGACAAAUAGGGUAACGAAGCGAACAAUUUUGUCAUCGAUUGCAAAAAUCUUCGAUCCGUUAGGUUUACUUGCGCCGGUCAUUAUCAAGGCAAAAAUUUUAAUGCAGCGUUUGUGGCAAUUACAAUUGGACUGGGACGAAGCGACACCAGCCAAUCUUCAUACAGAAUGGAUUACUUUCGCAGCGGAAUUUAAUUUAUUAAACAAUUGUUCAUUCGAUCGACACGUUUUACAACACGUAGUAAGUAAGACUGAGCUACAUGGCUUUUGCGACGCGAGCGAGCGAGCCUAUGGUGCCUGCAUUUACGUGCGUACGGUGACCAAAUCCGGAAACGUUAAAAUGGAGUUACCGUGUGCAAAAUCGCGAGUUGCACCACUGAAAACAGUCAGUCUUGCUCGUUUAGAAUUAUGUGGAGCUGUACUCCUCUCCUUUUUGUACAAUACGGUUACGAAAGCGACGUCACGGAAUUUCGACACGAGUACAUUUUGGACAGAUUCUACAAUUGUUUUAAAUUGGAUUAAUAAGGAACCUUCGACAUUAAAAACGUUCGUAGCGAAUCGCGUCACGGAGGUACAAUCGAAAACCGACAUCAACGCUUGGAAACAUGUUAAAUCGGCCGAUAAUCCAGCCGAUCUGAUCUCAAGAGGACAAUCGCCGUCUCAGUUCCUCGCAGACUCCAUUUGGCGUCAUGGACCACAGUGGCUCGCCAGUGACGAAUCGACUUGGCCAGAGUCUAAAUACACGAUUAUGCCUGAAACUCUGAAAUCGCGACCGAUCGCGUGCUUCGCAACCGCCGUUAAUCAGGAUGAUCAAAUUUUAAACAGAUACUCGUGCAUUAAAAAACUUCGAAGAAUAGUGGCAUAUUGUUUGAGAUUUCGCGCGAUACUUAAACAUAAGGGACCACUAUCUAUUGAAGAGAUUCGCAACGCGAACGAGCGAAUCAUCAAAAUGGUCCAAUCUUCUUCUUUCGCACAAGAAAUAAAAGAAUUAGGAAACGAAUCCGGAUUACAAUCAUCGAGUAAACUUUUACCAUUACACCCUUUUCUCGAUGAAAGGGGCAUACUUCGGGUCGGAGGUCGCCUACAGAAUUCAACGAUACCCUUUGAAGAAAAACAUCCGAUACUCUUACCGAAGAAUCAUCACGUUGUCGAUUUGAUUGUUCGGAACGCUCAUUUGGAGGGUUAUCAUCUUGGAAUAAAUUCAACUCUGUAUACCGUUCGACAGCAAUAUUGA